GUACAAUCAACUCAUUCAAUCACACAAUUCACUCAAUCUCUUUAAUCCAAACCAUCAAAUCAUCAACCGCAAACAUGCAAUUCACUACCAUCAUCAUCCCAACCAUCCUCGCUCUUGCCUCCAACGUCAACGCUUGGUCACAGAAUGCCGAGACUGGAGUUUGGACUGCAAACAACAACUACUACAACAUCCGCGGCUCUACUGUCCACGAAGCUUGCACUGAGAUGAACUCAGAGAACAUUCGUCCAGGUGGAUAUCCUUGUGCUUACUGGACUAAUGGUGUCGGAGGACUUCUCAACGGAAAGUGCAAUUACCAAGGAAACUCGGUUCUUUGCAUCGAGUAAGUGUGGAUUGAUGAUUUGGUAUUAGAUCCGCAAUCUUGAGUGUAUAUUAUCCUGGACAGGAGUAGGGGUCUGAGGUGAGGAUAGGAGUGGAGAGGAGAAGAGGUGAUGUAGAGUGGAGUGAUAGGUUGUCAUCUGGGUCUUUAGGGCUUUCGCCCUUUGGCCUUUGCGUUCUCUUCGAUUCAGCGUCUAUUUCAUCGUAUCAUUUUCAGUAUAUAGAUCAAUAAAAUAGAGUGGCCACUCA